CUUCUGCCACCCCCCCAGUUCAAAUGGAUUGGACGUCUACUAAUGCUAAACUCAUUCCAAUUCACAGCAGAAGCUUGUUUUUUCUGUUUAUCCUUUGUUUGUAGAAUAUCCUAGAAUGAUUGUCCGACCAAUGUAUCGAUAAUCGUUGUAUCGCCAUAUCGUCAGAUCAUCGUUAUCGUGAGGUACCAAGAGGCUCCCACUCCUAGAAGGCAGCGUACAUCUUGAAUUGGUUGACUGCUAAUCGCUGGGCACAAUGAGACAAACCACCAUCCACGCACAUAUUCAUACCUAGGGACAAUUUGGAGUGUUCAAUCAGCCUACCAUGCAUGUUUUUGGGAUGUGGGAGGAAACUUGAGUACCUGGAGAAAACCCACGCAGGCAAGGGUGUAGAACAACCCCAAACAGGAAGGCUGGAGCCUGGGAUUUAACCCUUGAUCUCAGAACUGUGAGGCAGAAAACAAACAUUAGUUGAUUAAUUUAUUUUUAGACUGUAGACCUCAUGCUUGCAAGUAUUUUCAAAGAUAUUUCUCUUUCUGAAAUGUUCAAAUAUCAAACUUGACAGUGAGAAAAACGUUGAAAGGAGUCGACUACUUUAACUAUUCUUGUAAGCAAAGUUUACCAUCAAUAAACAUGUAUGAUGACAGUCGUGUGAGCCCAGGAAAAAAAACGUUUGCAAGCCUGAUGGUAGUUAGGUGAAUAUGUUGUCUCUACAUAUUACUGUUCUCUGUGCUUGGAGCUAACUGUGGACAGCAGAAUGUUUUGCUGUUAAAAGCAUGCUCAUGCACACGAGGUUCUGUAGUACAAAUGGAACAUGUAUGUAAUUUAGCCAAUUUGUUUUAUUUAGUCACACAAUACCUGGGACAACCACCACAUUGUCUCCCUUUGCAUUUUCCGUUUUCCAAACCUUCAUCCAACUUUCCUUAGGAAUAGCUGUAAUACUUCAUGGUGUCAAGAAUUAAAAGUUAAUACUAGUGAUGUCCCGUUCUGAUCACAUGAUCAGAAAUCAGGCCAAUUGCACCAAUUUUCAGAGGAUCGGAAUCGGGUGAAAAGGUUUGGGCUUUUAAUUUUUUUUUUUCUGCUUCAUGCUCACCUCCUGCUAGUUAAACUGUGCGACCAAACUAUUUUUUCUUGGUCACCAGCUGGUGUUUGGCACUUAAAGUUAACAAUGAUUGACAGGUUUAUAGCUUUGAUCUAGCUCAAGAAGUUUCGGUAGCUCUAUGAUCAAAUGCGGAAUUGUGUCAAUCAUCGUUUAGUUUGUUACACACCAGUCUGUGGCAAUUCAUUCAAGUGAGAGGCUAUUCUCGGCAGGCUGAGUGUCAAAGCAUGAGUAAAUUUGAGGGGACUCACUCAAUGAAGCAUUUAAUAAAGGCAAUUUUUCUACAUUAUUCUUGUUGAAAAAUAAUUCGCACGUCCACCUCAGUUCUGAGCGCCUACAUUUUGUGACCUGUUGUGUCCACCUGUAAAAAAAAGCUAGGUGCAACCAACUUGGCAGUAUACAGUGAUACCUCUGCAUACAAAGUUAAUUCUUUCCAGGACUUUGUAAGUCGAAAUGGUCGUAUGUCGAGCAGGAUUUUCCAAUAAGAAUACAUUACAAUUCUAUGAAUUCAUUCCACAGCCCGAAAACCUACACUAAAUCCUUAAUAAAUACUGCUGAUACCGUUACAAAUGGCAAUUACACAUAACCAAAUAAAUAAGUUAUAACUAAAAAUCUGAAAAAAAAAUCGGAAAAAAAAAAUAAUAGUAAUUCCUGUAAUAAUGUCACGAGUCAUGUUCUAAUGUGGCAGACAUUUUUUUGCUGCACCUGAACUCUAUCUCACGUGACGGUGAGAUAGAGAGCGGUUCUAUUUUACUUUCUCUUUUAAUGUUUUGACGCUGGCCUCAACUGCAGCGGACAAUAGGCGUGUUGUGUUGGACAAGUUGAUGGGAUAAAUGAUUAGAAACCUGACGAGGCUGGCGAUUUCUUUGGCGAUGUCACCACAAUAAUAAUUGUCGCCUUAACUUAUUAAGACUGGCGAACGGAGGUCGGAGGAGGGCCGUCAAGAUUGACAUUCUACGGCCGUAUUGUCGAGCAAGUUCACGGAUGCACACACCAUGCUCAUAUUUUUCUAUCAUUUCCAGUUCAUUUCAAUUGUAAGCGUCACGUUUUCCUUUUUCCCCACCUGCACUAACCUUCUUGGAAUAAGUGUUGAUUUCUCUCACAAGAAAAUCCACUGUGCGACCGUCUCUCGGCAAAAAAAAAGUAACUGCAGCGCUGUCAUAAAUCGUCGUAUUUCAGACAUGUAGUUGGAUGUAGAAACAAACAGUGAGUCAAAUUUUGCGUCGGAUGUCGAAAAGAUGUGUGUCGUAGCGAUCGUAUGUCGAGGUACCACUGAUAUAUAUCGUAAUGUUAAUUUUUUCCAAUAUCAUUCAUAUCAUUACUUUUUUAGGACUAAAAAGUAACGAAAUAAUCCAGAAAUACCAUGGCAUUGCCAAAAGAUAAAGAAAUAUAUGUUUUAUACUCUGCAACACGGAAACAGCGGAAGAGGAAGUACUGUAAAAAGUACAGUACUGUAACACGUUUGGAACUUUUUGUUCCAAAAAAAAAAAAAAAAAAUCAGUAUCUGUAUCAGCAGAUUCUCCUAAUCAGGUGACUAGGACUCGGGUGCAAAAAUAUGUGAUUGGGACAGCCCUAGUUAAUAGCUACCUAUCCUGCAUAAGAGAGGAUAACACUGUUUCGGAUCAAUUCAACUUCUUUUCUUUUCCUUUGUGAUGCUCCAGCUUGUAAAGAUGGCAAAAAGUUUGCAUUUUUUUGUCUUUCCUUUAUUCCUCUCACUUCAAAUUUUAUUAUUUUGUUAUUGUUUUCAAAGACUACGCUUGAGCAUGGAGCAUGUAGACAACACGAGGGGUAUACGGUAGUCUUUUUAACUUUUGCUGCUGUAGAUUAAUCUGGGUAAUAAACGUCCUUGCCUUUCUCAGGAGCAACCUUUACAAAAUUUGACUUGAAGAUUUAAUCCAAGCACCUUUAUAAGUCAUUUUUAAUUCACAUGACCUUUCUUCCAAAUACUUCUGGGUCAUUUUGUAAAUACAGGAAGGAAAAGUAAAGUACCUAUGCGAAAGGGAGAUUCCGAGGAUGGCCAAUAUUUCAGGAAAAACGCUUGAAUUGAAAGUAAAUGGCUUAUGUGGGCUAUAAUAAUUUCUAAUGGCUGACUCUAUGAAUCAGUCGGGCCCUAUAGAGAUUUUUUUUUGUCUGAUGUGCCCUGACAUUGACUGGUGAGCAUUGUCUGACAAAAGUGUUGUUUCUAUAUACAUGUCCUGACAUUGACUGUUGACUGGUCCACUGUUUGUCUAUGUCUAUUACUGUAUGUACUCUGACAUUGUCUGGUGACCAGUCUAGAGUGUACUUAAAUGUCACCCACUGCAUCAGAGGUUGCUUAUGUACAAUAUAUCUACAUAUCUGCUUAUCCAUUUUCUCUUCUUCUUAUUGUAACUAAAGUUGAGGGUGAACUAAAGACUAUCCCACAUCGGCCUUUACACAGAUUUGAACCCUGAACCUCCAAGCUGUGUGGUUCUACAUCUCCAUUCUGCCUAGAUAAUAUUUCCUUGAUUUACAAAGUUUUCAAGUUAUGAGCCAUAGCUUGACUGAUUUUUUUUUUUAAUUCUGUGUAUAUUUUCAGUCAAAAUUUGUCUAUUCAGCCAGAUAAUUAAGUGUAAAACAUUUUUAAUACUCUUUGAACAGUUUACAGUUGAAAAAAGGUCAAAAACCUAAAUACAGUACGGUACAACACACAAUGCAGUAUACUGAGGUAAAAGCUUGGUCACAGAAGAAAUAAAACUCGCACAUCUAAGUAACACUAUAUGCAUAAACAAUAGCUAUAAUAAACUGUAUCUGCAAAUAAGUAUAAUAAAAAGAAAAAAAUAAUAAGACCAGCAGAAGAUGUAAAAAAAGGUGAUAACAGGUCAACUUGACCACAAUAUAACAGUAGGGUUUUCAAAUGAUAAUGCUUGAACAAAUAUACCGUGAAUUUUAUUCCCAGCGGGAUAUGUUGUGUAAUGGUUCCAUGGGAAGGGGAGAGGAGGUCAGUGACUCACAUUCAUUCACGCCACUCACUGACACACAAACACACACACACACAUUAUUUUACAUUUCUGAAGCAUUACAACAUAACAGGAGAAUCCUAAAGUGUACUGACCUGCAACUUUGAUGAAGCCACUGGCUCUCACCUGUUACUUCUCUGAUGACCUUGCAGAAAGGAUAUGUUGCGUUGUCUUUUCUUUGGAUGUCACUCACCUUCGACCGACACUCACGCAUAUACACCCACUUGCAUAUAAUCUCACACGCACACACACACACGCGCACCCAGACACACACAAAAGUUGGUCAGUUUUGUAUGUAAAUAAAAUCAUUUCAAUUUGACAAAAAUUUUGGUCAUAUUUGAAACUUGCUUAAUAGGACUCGGUGUGCAACAGCUUUUUGUGGGCAAAAGCUUUUGGGGGAAAAAGUCUUCUGUUUGACUCACACAUUCACUGGUUUUCUCCAGGGUUCUGGCUCAGUUGGACUUAAGCCUCUAGCGUGUAUUCAUAACAAAGAGCUUUGUUGUCAUAAGCUCUCAGCAGCAUUCCUACCAUCCAAUAUGUUUUCAUAUUGGAACACAGUCCAUGUGUUGUUCUUAUUGCCUGGCAGGUAAGCAGACUAUGCUAUCCAAGUGGUUCUCAGACUGGUGUCCGCGAGUUGUAGCAAAAAAAAGUUUUUUUUUUUUUUUUUUUUUAAAUAAUAGACUAAAAUACCUACAUACCCAUAAGUACUACCUACGGUCACUGAAGUCACGUAGUGUAUUCUGGACACGCAAUGUUUUGUGUGUAAUCCACUGUGCAUAUGUUCAUCCAGAGAGGUUCAAGGCAUUUAUUUUAAGACCUAGCCAAACGGGCAAUGCGUUGAUGUAAGACCGUCUGUUGGAUGGCCUCCAGGUGCAUAAGUCGCUAUCGCUUAAGUCUGCCACCUGGCCAGCAAUCAACCGGGUGAAAACCGUUUUUUUAAGCUUGAACAUAGAUGGCUUGUUUAAUAAAGAUCACCUGUAGUUAUUCAUUGCACCUGUUUGAAAAAAAAAUGUGUGAAAUGUAUGUCAUCAUCUUGAAAACUUCAAAACCUCUAAAAAAAAGAAAAUACCAACCACUACUUUUAUUAGCCAAGUGAUUAGUUUGAAUUGACUCAGUGGUGCAUUGAUAUACUCAUGCUUUUAUCUACUAGUGUAAAAAUAUAUCCAUAUGGUGAUCUAUCAUGAAACUAGGUUAUCGAUAUGCUCCCGCCAAGAAUUGAUAUAUUGUUUUAAAAAGGAGUUACUGUUUAAUAAAGGAACCAAUAGGUUGCUACUUAAAUUUGCCUACUACAAAAGUUUGUACAUUGAGAAAGAUUCAUUUACUUACAAAAAAUGUUGUGUUGGUGUGGCUGUAUUUAGAGCCUUUACAGAAAUGUUGCAUUGAAAUAUUCAGUCUGUGAGAAGGACAAUGGUUUUUGACAGCUUGUCCAAAAAACUGCUAAAAAUAGUUUAUUUUUCCAUUUAGAAUUAGCUUGUUUUUCUCUCUCUGAUAGUCGUAUCAUAAAAUAUUGUAGAUUGAUUUCCUGACCAAUGUAUCAAUAAUUGUUGCAUCGCCAUGUAUUGGAAAUCGUAUAAUAUCGGAUGUGCUCAAAAGCAUCCCCUUCUACUUUUAACUGCAUCUCAGAAAUAAAUCGCUGUAGUUAGCACUUACAAAAAAUAUAAAAUAAAAUCAGGCUCGAGGAUCAAUUGAUUCUGGCCCAUGCUACAUAGCCAUUAAGUUUUAAGACAAUAGAUCCACAAAUAACAGAAGAAUGGGACUUAAUUUUUUUUCCCCACCUACACAAUAAUAAUAACAACUAACUGAGUGGCGACCUGACAUGCCGUCAGCCUGUUGUAAGAAAGGCAGGAGGAAUUAACUGGAGAGGAUGGGUACGUGAUGAGGGAAGAAAGUAAUUAAAAAAGAGGAGCAGGAAAGAAGAAAGGAAUGAAGAAAGAAGGGAACAAAAGGGAGGAAGGAAAUAACAAGGAAAAAUAGGGUAAGUGCCAUAAUGACAAGGAAGGGUGGAGAAGGACAAAGAUAUGAAAGAAAGAAAUGAAGGUAUAAAUGGAGUAAGCACCAGAUGUUAAGAAAAAAAAUGAAACAAGAUGAAAAGAAAAUAAGAAUAGAAAUUUGGAAGGAGGGAAUUGGAAUAAAGCAUAAAAUGAAGAAUAUAAGCAAGGGGAACAAGAAGGGAGAGAAAUAAAGCUGAGUGGGAGAUGAAUAGAAGGGAGGAUGCUUUGCAGUACAUAUAGAUAAAAGUGUACAACAGAGCAGAAGGGAUAUAGCAAAAAGAGGGGUAUGGAGCAAAAAAUAUAUAAGUAUGAAAAGGAAAGAAUGAAAUAAGGAAGGUAGAAAAUAAGAGGAAUCAAGAAGACAGGAAGGAAUGAAAGGAGUGAUGUAGAGAAUUGAAAAAGGCAAAAUUACCUUAGGAAGGGAAGGAAGGUAUUAAGAAAGCAUAGGAGCCUGAAUGAAAGAAGAAACAGAAGGGAAGAAGGAAUAACGGAAUGAACAGGCAGGACUACUGCUCUUGCUUAUUCUUUCUGUCGCUUAAUGUCAGUCACUCUAUUUUUGUCUCUCUCUUAUCUCUAGCUUUACAUCUCUUUCGCUCCCUCAUUACCUGUCUCUGUUUGGGCCAUUAGAAUUGAGGAUAGCAGGUGAAGGGUUCCUCCCAUCCUGUCUGGGAGGGUUUUCCAAAGCUAAUAUCAAUGAGUUCAGGAGGUGCUAUAAUGUCACACGGAGGACGUUGUGGCAGGGAACAGGCCAUGAUGGCACACACAGAAAGGAUCCAGUUUGCCAAUGCAGAGGACAAACAGGAGUUCAGCAAAUACCCGACCAAGGCUGGCCGUCGUUCACUCUCUCGCUCUGUCUCGCAGUCGUCCACUGACAGCUACAGUUCAGCUGCAUCGUACACUGACAGCUCUGAUGAUGAAACAUCCCCUAGAGACAAAGCUCAGGUCAACACACAGGGCAGCAGUGACUUUUGUGUGAAGAACAUCAAGCAGGCCGAGUUUGGCCGCCGGGAGAUUGAAAUUGCUGAACAAGACAUGUCAGCCCUCAUAUCCCUGAGGAAGAGAGCUCAGGGUGAGAAGCCUCUGGCAGGCGCCAAGGUGGUGGGCUGUACCCACAUCACGGCUCAGACGGCGGUGCUGAUCGAGACCCUGGUGGCUUUGGGGGCUCAGUGUCGUUGGACAGCCUGCAACAUAUACUCCACCCAGAACGAGGUCGCUGCCGCUUUGGCCGAGACAGGAGUGCCGGUGUUUGCGUGGAAGGGCGAGUCAGAGGAUGACUUCUGGUGGUGCAUCGACCGCUGUGUCAACACAGAGGGAUGGCAAGCCAACAUGAUCUUAGACGAUGGUGGAGACUUGACACACUGGGUUUACAAAAAGUACCCCAGUGUGUUCAAGAAAGUGCGGGGCAUCGUCGAGGAAAGUGUCACUGGAGUUCAUCGACUGUAUCAGCUCUCUAAAGCCGGCAAGCUAUGCGUACCGGCGAUGAACGUAAAUGACUCUGUUACCAAGCAGAAGUUUGAUAACCUCUACUGCUGCCGUGAAUCUAUCCUGGAUGGCUUGAAGAGGACCACAGACAUCAUGUUUGGUGGCAAACAAGUGGUUGUAUGCGGUUAUGGAGAGGUGGGAAAAGGCUGCUGCACAGCUCUUAAAGCCCUGGGAGCCAUAGUGUGCAUCACUGAGAUUGAUCCUAUCUGCGCCCUGCAGGCAUGUAUGGACGGCUUCCGAGUGGUCAAACUGAGCGAAGUUAUCCGGCAGAUGGACGUGGUCAUCACUUGUACCGGCAACAAAAAUGUCGUCACCAGAGAACAACUGGAUCGCAUGAAAAACGGAUGCGUGGUGUGCAACAUGGGCCAUUCCAACACCGAGAUUGACGUGGCCAGUCUGCGCAGCCAAGAGCUGACCUGGGAGAGGGUCCGAUCACAGGUGGACCACAUCAUCUGGCCUGAUGGAAAGAGAGUUGUGCUUCUGGCCGAGGGUCGCCUAUUGAAUCUUAGCUGCUCCACAGUGCCCACCUUUGUGUUGUCCAUCACGGCAACCACUCAGGCGCUGGCUUUGAUUGAGUUGUUCAAUGCUCCUGAGGGACGUUACAAGCAGGACGUGUAUCUCCUGCCCAAAAAAAUGGACGAGUACGUUGCCAGUUUGCACCUUCCCAACUUUGACGCUCACCUCACAGAGCUCUCUGACGAGCAGGCCAAGUACAUGGGCCUCAACAAGAAUGGCCCCUUCAAGCCCAACUAUUACAGGUAUUAAUGGAAAGACCUGCUGAUUUCCUGAAAUGAACAGAGAUUUCUAUUUUAUUUGAUGAAUUGCUAACAAAUGGUACUUAUUUUAAUUAAUUAUGUAUCCCAAAUAGCAUGUAUGGCAUAGCUUUAAAAAUGAAUUGUAUAAUCAGCUAGCAUGCAAAAUGUCUCAAGUACAAUAUAGUAUGUAAACAAAUGCCCACUUGGAUUCACUGUUAGCUGCCAUGAAUUUUAGAUUUUUAUUUUCUUUUUUACGCUCAGUGCCAAAAAUGAAGGCUGUUAGAAUGAAUUGCACUUCCUGACAUGAAAUAUUUAAUUAUACCGCCCUACCUUCUACUCGGGAGCCAAACCAAAAUGUGUGUUUUAUUCUAGCAAAAGUGUUUUAUGCUCAGGAUCCAACUGAAUUAUUGUCAUGAUUUAGUUGCAUACACACACCCACUAUGGUACCAUACAGUUACCCUGUCCAACUGUUCCUUAGUUGAAAUCCUCAAUUAAUCUGGAGCAUUGCAAUAUAUGAUUUUAAAUAAUAGAAUUGGGGCACCAACUUUUUUUUAUUCUUUCCUCUCAAAGUAAAAGAAGACUCAAAUUCCAUCCUAUUUUCUUACCCUGGUUUAUAAAAUUAAUACUCUGAAACCCUAAGAAAAAAAGCACUACAUAACUAAGAUGAACGUAAAUUCUCACCUAAGUAGCGGUGGUGCUGCCAUGAGAUAAAAUUGACCUCUUGAGUUUUUUUGUUUUUUUUUUAACAUCCCAAUCUUUGCUUUGACUUGAAAGCGCAAACUUCAGACAAAACCACUAUUUGAUGGCAGCAAAUUGCUCAGCUAACUCACUUCACAACCAUCAGUUGGACAGAUAGUGAACCAUUUCAUUGUGUUAUUUGCCGUUCUCAGGUUUACCAAAUUUAAAGAGAAUUGUGCGGUGUAUUUCCUAACCUAAUCCUAGUAUGUAAUCCUAGCAAACACAUUUGCCAUAGGACAGCCAUUUCUUGCUUAAUGCUAACACCUGAUGGAAAAAUCCAUAUAGAAAGGCAUUUAUAGUUGUUUUACUUUCACUAAACACCAAAUAUUUUGACACUUAGUGGAGCAAAACAUGUAGAUAGUCAGUAUAACUAUACUCACAGGCAUAGAGGAAUAUAUUCUUUAAAAUAACUAAAUAUUAUUGACUCCCAGAGUAGUGGUAACUUAUUAGUUUGGAUCUGUAUAGUAUUAUACAUGACAUGAAUUGACACAUUAAAUCAUGAUGCACUGUUUAAUUCUUUGUGUUCCAAGGAAUUGUUGUUACUCAAUAUUUUUAUGCAGUACAAUAUUAUAAAGUGAUAUUUUCCUCAUUGAAAAACACUUUACAAAUAUCUGCGUAGGUUAAAAGUAGAUUACUGUAAUUCCAGUAGGCCAGUAAAUGAGAGGAGGACUACAGAAGAGUUGUGCUUGGAUUGCACUCUUAAGAAAUACUCCCAAAACUUCAUUACCUCAAAUUAAUGAAAACAACAACAACUAAUCAGGGGAGUCACACCAUCUCAGUUCAAGCCAUUUGUUUUGUUACAUGGAAGUCUUAUUGUGGUCAACUACAUUUCCGAGUCUGCUUUUUUUUUUUUUUUAAUUUAAUUUAAUUUUUUUUUAAUCUUAGGGUGAGUACUUCUGCCAUCUCUGUUUGAAGUAAAAGUCAAUGAUAACCAUCUUUAUUUGAUGACAGAAAUAGACCAUUUAACAUAGCCUAACACAUUGUAAGUCAAACAGCAUCAGUCACCCCCCCCCCCCCCAAAAAAAAAGAAAACCAAUAUCCACCAUGACCAAGGUAAUGGCAUUUCAUUUAUUACCAUCUCCUGAAUUAAUUAACCAGUCCCUUAAGUGUUAACUAUAUCUGAAUUCCAGCUACAUGUAUUUAUAUUUUAAUCACUUUAACUGUGGAACGAACGUGCAUUUGUCCUAUUCAAUGUAACCAUCAACAGUGGUUUGCUGUCUAAUAUGAUUGUCUACUUUUGUUGUCAACAUGCAUUCAAUCAGCAAUAAAAGACAUUUGUUGACAGAGCAGAGUGCGCCUUGAAAUAAAGCUACCUACUGGAAAUAUUUUAUAUUGACUGAC